UUCCUUUCUGGGCUCGCUCUGUGCAGCGGGGAAUUAUUCAGCGAAAAUUCCGGGAACAUAUAUUUUUAAUACUUAAUUUCGGUUGUUGAGGCAGAUCCCUCAUAUAUUUUUCAGAAUGUCUAUCAUGUCAUAUAAUGGCGGGGCAGUGAUGGCCAUGCGGGGCAAGGACUGCGUGGCCAUUGCCUCUGACCGCCGCUUUGGAGUUCAGGCACAGAUGGUCACCACAGACUUCCAGAAGAUAUUUCCCAUGGGGGACCGCCUCUACAUUGGCCUGGCAGGCCUGGCUACAGAUGUGCAGACUGUGUCUCAGCGUCUUAAAUUCCGACUUAACCUGUACGAGUUGAAGGAGGGCCGUCAGAUCAAGCCCAAAACUUUCAUGAGCAUGGUGUCCAACCUGCUUUAUGAGAGGAGGUUUGGUCCAUAUUACAUUGAGCCUGUAAUUGCGGGUCUGGACCCAAAGACGUUUGAGCCUUUCAUCUGCUCGCUGGACCUAAUUGGCUGCCCCAUGGUAACAGAGGACUUUGUGGUUAGCGGCACUUGCGCUGAGCAGAUGUACGGCAUGUGUGAGUCGCUGUGGGAGCCAGACAUGGAGCCAGAGGACUUGUUUGAGACCAUUUCACAAGCCAUGCUGAACGCCGUAGACAGAGAUGCCGUUUCUGGCAUGGGUGUUGUCGUGCAUGUCAUUGAAAAAAACAAGGUUACAACUCGGACCCUGAAGGCAAGAAUGGAUUAGAAAGCUCAACUGCUGCAUAUAUUCAUUUAAUUACCCCUAUUUUGUAUGUAAAAACAAAACUGUUUGCUCUUUGUUUUUCACAUGGUGAUGUUAAGUAAAAUACAAAACAUAAAAGUGGU